AUGUCAAUAGAAGCGGGAGGAAUGCAGGAAAUCUGCCGAGAGUGGAAUCUCAAUAUUUCUGAGGCUCAGGCUACGGAGUUGGCGGCUCUUGGCGGAGCCGAGGCGCCUAGCAGUACUGAUACGGCGGCUAUAAAGAAUGCACUGCUCAACAGCGACAUACGCGUUAUUCGAGGCAUUCUCGACAAUGGUGGCAUAAAAGUGGAGUGCAGGGAGGGCGUCAGUGCCUCUAAGGAGAUCGUCUCAUUGGAUCACCCACUGCUGUGCCAAGUUAGUAAAGUCAGGGACGUGACCAAGCCGAAAGAUGGCAUACCGCAGGAUGAGAAUUCAAGUAAAACUGUAUAUAAGGUGACGUUGACUACGGGUUACAUUAGCUUUCACGCUGUGCUAUUGGACUCAUGUCAGAGCAUUACCUCACUUGCUCCUGGAACAAAGAUACUGAUAAAGGAUCGUGAUGUUUUACACGUUGAUGCGACAGCAUUGUUGUAUCCAGGCAAUUACGAGGUAUUGGGAGGUGUGGUACCCGAGCUUUACGACCCAUGGGUACUCCAGCGCGAAGUUGCUCUCCAGCGAUUAAACACUGGAACCCGUGGGCUUCCUGACGACGCACCAAAGUUCGAGCCACUUGCAACACCUGGUUCUCAGGUUGAGGAACAAAUGGGUUCCAUGACACUGCAGCCACCCCCCAAGUCGACGAAAAAGCCACUUGCUAAGGAUACGGCCACGGGUCACGUGAAACGCGUGAUAGGUAAAACUGGCAAAGGCGCAAAAUCCGGCACCAAGGACCGUAAUACGAAGCUAGGGGCACCAGUACCUAAGGCCGCGAGGUACGGACCUGCAUCUACUGCUUCCUCACCUAGAAUGAGGCCACCAAGCAAAGCCAGCAACACCCCCCCGAAGCCUUCGGAUCCGGGAGUUGCCGGAGGCAGGCAUCACCCAAGGGCCAUAGCUAAAAGGGGCCCCAAGCCAUCUUCCCAUUUCGCAAAAGCCGCUGCAUCUCGCAGAGCUAAGGCUUCUGCAGAACCCACGAGUCCCUCUGACAACCACAUGUAA